UGAAUUCAUUCUUGAGUUGAUUCUUGCCAAGUGCGGUUGUGUUUCCGUGCGCUGAGAGAUCCCAAACCGGUUUUGUGCCAUAAUAUUGUUUUAUCUGUGAAAAUUGUAAUUUAAGUUUUGAAUCUCAAAAUGAAAAUCGACCUUACUGUGGAAAAUGGCCCUUGCAAUACGGAAUUGCGGAGUUGGUGCUUGGGAAUUGCGAUCUACUGGCUGAUUCAAAUUACAAUUGGCGUGAUAUUCGCUCCAAAUGUUCUCAACUUUGUUGGAUUCGCCAUCACUGUGGUCGCCAAUAUUUGUUUAUUGAUAGGCACCCAAAGGGAAAAGCGAGUGCUGGUCCUCGUCUGGUUGAUAUUCGCUGCAAUCGAAGCAAUUAGCUUCCCGUUCGCGGUUCUGGGUGUGAUCUUCCAUUACGGAGGAUACCGCGAGGCAGUUGGAACCUCCAGCGUUUUCGCAGCCCUGCUCAUUUACAUCAUUACCUUCUUACUUAUUGCCUUCAGCGCCCGUCUGGUGUACUCCUUCUAUCUCCAGCUGAAGAACAACGAAGCCGGCAGUCAGGCCCCGCGCACCCUGAAUGUGGUUUAGUUCCCUUCUUCUAGAUUAUUUCGGGGAAACCCCACUCUUCUCAACUCAGUGUUUGCAAUAAAAUGCGAUUUUAUUUUA